AGCAAUGAAAGGAAUUGGAUAAGGAUUUGUUGUGAUAAGACAAAGAGCAACACUUGAGAAAAGAAAUAGAAAAAAGAAGAGGGAAAUGAAGUGAAUCGAAGCGAAGCGAACCAAUCUCAUCAAAUCAAUGGCGCCAACUUCAUUACCUCUCAAUUUGAAUUUCAAGAUCACCGCCACCGCCACCAAGCUCCCUGAGUUACCGGAGAAUAUCCGCAACUCAAGAGUGUUGGUCCUCGGCGGAACCGGUCGUGUCGGAGGAUCAACCGCCACCGCUCUCUCCAACCUCUGCCCUGAUCUUCGGAUCGUAGUUGCCGGCCGAAACAGAGAGAAAGGCGAAGCUCUCGUUGCAAAACUCGGCGGCAAUUCAGGUUUCGCACGUGUUGACAUUGAUGACAUCAAUUCACUUGAAACUGCGUUGAAAGGUGUGGAUCUUGUAGUUCAUGCUGCCGGUCCUUUCCAACAGGCAGAAAAAUGUAGCGUGCUUGAAGCCGCCAUAAAUACCAAGACUGCAUAUAUUGAUGUUUGUGACGACACGACCUAUGCGUGCCGUGCCAAAUCCUUAAUGAGCAGGGCAUUAGCUGCAAAUGUUCCAGCUAUAACAACUGCAGGAAUAUACCCUGGAGUGAGCAGUGUCAUGGCAGCAGAGCUAGUCCGGGCUGCAGAAAGUGAAAGUGAAGAUAAACCAGAGAGGCUAAGGUUCUACUACUAUACCGCUGGAACUGGUGGGGCUGGUCCAACCAUAUUAGCCACGAGUUUCUUGCUGUUGGGAGAGGAAGUAGUUGCAUAUAACAAAGGAGAAAAGAUCAAACUGAAGCCAUAUAGUGGAAUGCUCAAUGUUGACUUUGGAAAAGGGAUUGGCAGAAGAAAUGUUUAUCUGUUGAAUUUGCCAGAGGUUAGAAGUGCUCAUGAGAUUCUUGGAGUGCCAACUGUAAGUGCUAGAUUUGGAACAUCGCCAUUUUUCUGGAAUUGGGGAAUGGAAGCAAUGACAAAACUUCUUCCAUCGGAAUAUUUGAGAGACAGAAGUAAAGUCCAAAGGUUGGUGGAGUUGUUUGAUCCUGUUGUUCGAGCAACGGAUGGGUUUGCCGGAGAACGUGUAUCAAUGAGGGUUGAUCUGGAACGUUCAAGCGGACGUAAUACAGUUGGCAUUUUCAGCCACAAGAGUCUUUCGGUAUCUGUAGGAAUUUCCACAGCUGCAUUUGCACUUGCAGUUCUUGAAGGGAGCACGCAACCUGGUGUUUGGUUUCCCGAAGAGACUCAAGGACUUCCAAUUGAAGCGAGAGAAGUUCUUCUCAACCGAGCUAGCCAGGGAACUAUUAACUUUGCAAUGAACAGGUCACCAUGGAUGAUUGAAACAAAUCCAAAGGAACUUGGAUUAGGAAUAUAUGUAUGAGUUUUCCAUACGUAAGUCAAAGUAUAUUUCAGCAAAGUUCUUCCUGUUGUAGUGCAAGGCCGUAGGUGUAUAUAGCUCUUGAGAGUUGAGAGAUCAUUGCUUUCUUCUAUGCACGUAUGAUUAUAGCCUUUGAACGUGUUGAACAAAUAUUAUUCUCGAAAAAUACAUCAUGCACGAAAAUAAUAGAUUAAUCUUUUUUUUGGUAACAA